CACUACCUCAUACUUGUGAGAUAAAAUGGAGGAAGACAAGUGAGAACCGAUUCCUAAAUAAAAGUAAAAAAGAUCCAAAAUGUCACCCAACAACAACAACUGUACAAGUACAACACUCACAAUCAUUGCCACCAUGGUGUUCUGAAUCCUCCUCCUUCUUCUUCUCCUUCUGCUGUUACCACGUUCCCAUCAUCACCAUUCACCACCACCACCACCACCACCACCACCACCACGUUUACCAAAUAUUGAAACCUUUGAUCACAAGCCAUUCAUAAAUCUCCCCACCAACUUUCACUCUAACCCCUUUUGUUGUUUUUUUCUUCAGAUCUCAGGUUUUUCCUUCACGGGUUCAGAAAAAUCUGCAACCCCAUUAUUCAAAAUCCAUUCAUUCUGGUGAUUCAGAGGAUUCUGAGGUAGAUGUGAGUGAAAGAGCGAUCUGGGGUGUCGGCGAGGUGGCGAUGUUAGGGGCGGUGCAGUUGGGUUUGCUGGCGGCGUGUGUGGUGCUGUUUGUUCCAAUGGGCAUGGCGGGUUGGCACCUGAGCCGUAACAAGGUUCUCUUCUUCAGUGGCGCACUCUUCAUCACUCUCGCAGUUGGUGUUCACCUCACCCCUUAUUUCCCUUCAGUUUCCGAUUUCAUCACAUCGGUUUCAUCUUCCUCUUCCUCUAAUGUUGAUGUUGUUGUUGAUGAUCGUGAUUCUUGUGUUUCCUUGCUUCAUGAAAUCGACUGGGAGGUAAGACCCAGUAAGGAUUUUGAUUUAGACCCUUAUUUGCAUAACAAUUCUGUUAACUUUGAUAAGUUUUGGUCAUGGAGAACAUCAAGUUCUGUGGAUUCCUGUGAUUUUCAGAGGCUGAAACGGCAUGAUGUUUUGGAAUUGCUUAAUGGGUCUUGGGUGAUGGUUGCAGGGGAUUCCCAAGCUCGAAUGUUUACUCUUUCGUUGAUUAGUUUGGUUCUGGAUUCGGAGCGUGUCGAAUCGGUUAGAGCAUCUUUGUUUAAGAGGCAUAGUGAUUACCACAUUGUGGUUGAUGAGAUGGGGAUGAAGUUGGAUUUCAUUUGGGCACCUUAUCCUUCUAAUUUGACUGAUUUGGUGGUGGAGUUUAAGCAUAGCCAUGUUUAUCCAGAUCUCUUGGUGAUGGGUUCGGGUUUGUGGCACAUGCUGCAUAUGACCAAUGCUUCUGAUUAUGGUGUUUUGUUAAGGUUGUUGAGGAGUUCUGUGACAGCAUUGUUACCUGUCUCUCCACAAUUUGGCAUGGAUGGACCUGUGACUGGUUCGGUAUCGGUUAGGUCUCCGCAUUUGUUCUGGCUAGGUAUGCCGACUUUGAUAAACUCCAUGUUGAAUACUCAGGAGAAGAGGGUGAAGAUGACUAAUCUAAUGCGAGAUGAGUAUGAGAGUGAGCUUCAGAAGAGUAACAUUUUGAGGCAGUUUGGUGGUCCUCUUCAACUAUUGGAUAUAGGGUCAUUGAGUUGGAAUUGUGGGAUCAAGUGUACAGAUGAUGGGAUGCAUUAUGAUGGAGCUGUUUAUGAAGCUGGGCUUCAGAUCAUGUUGAAUGCAUUGCUUAUAGAAUCUCAUCAGAAGCUCUGACGUUUGUAGCAUUGAUAGUACGUUCUGAUAUCGAGAAACUGGUAUGCUAACAGAGGUUUCUCGACAUAAUUGAUUAUGACGACAAAAUCAGUUUGUAGAUGCGCUUCCAAACAUGAUCUGAUUUCCUCUUUGGAUGUGCUUAGCUCCCUCUGGUGGUGGGGGAUAUAUACAGUAGGAUACUCCAACGAUUUUGAUUAAUAGAAGUUGAGUCCUUCAUCAUAGCUUGCAAAAUUUUUGUCAGGCUGCUAUAGGGUCUUAUAUUCACUUAGUUUAGAGUGAUUUUUAUAGCAAAUCACAUUUGAAAUUCUUUUUGAUUCCUCUUUUUUAUGUUUCAUUGUAUGCUAACAGCUCAUGUAUUGAUCACAAAAGUUGGAAAGUAAUGUUUCUGUACAAACAAUUCACACAUGCUUUUAAUCAAUUUAAUUGGGAUUCAUUCCGAA